AUGGCUGCAGCCACCGCGCGACCUGCCACUCUUCCUCCGGCUGCCCUCCUUGUAUACCCUGCAACACUAUUGUUGGGAUCCCUGUACUCGAUCAUUUCACCCACAGCGAACCCCUCUCGAGAAACACAACCUGCCAGCCCUCUGGUGCCCUCUCUCGCCUCAGAUCUGCACCUAUCCGAAAGCCCGGUCAACUACUUUGCCCGCAAGAACAAUAUCUUCAAUGUUUACUUCGUGAAGAUUGGAUGGCUAUGGACAACAGCUGCUUUCGUAUCGCUCCUCAUCUUCCAACCGCUUUACUCUUCAUCCCUUCCACAGACCUCGUCACAGCAAGAAGCCCGUUUCCGCCGCACUCUCCAAGCUGUUUUGCGUUACGCACUUGCGACAACAGCAUGGUACCUCUCAACGCAAUGGUUCUUCGGGCCAGCAAUUAUUGACCGUGGAUUUGUGGCCACGGGUGGAAAGUGCGAACGUGCAUUUGAGAAGUUCGGGGAUAUGAGUACCGGGACCGCCGACCUAGAAGUGCUGUUUACGGCCGCUACAUGCAAGGCUGCUGGUGGAGCCUGGAGAGGUGGACACGAUAUCAGUGGACAUGUAUUAAUGCUGGUGCUCGCCACGGGACUUUUGGCAUUUGAGGCUGUCGGUGCUAGUGCGCCUGCGUUUCUUUCUCGCUUUGGUCCCACUGGGAACGCGGGGCGAGAGCGCAAGCCGAGCGACGCCGACAGGGCUGCUACGGUUGAACCCACUGAAGACGGCGGGUUUGCCAGGACGUGGUCACUUCGUCUUGUUUGGGGUGUUAUAGGCUUGGGAUGGUGGAUGCUCUUCAUGACUGCGAUUUGGUUCCAUACGUGGGUAGAAAAGUGGUCCGGUCUUUCGAUCGCUUUGAGCACCGUUUACGCCAUCUAUAUCCUACCUAGACAAUUGGCAUCAUGGAGGAGUAUUGUUGGACAGCCAGGGGUAUAG